UUUACUAUAUUUUUUUAGAGAAAAAAGAGAAUAUUCACUUUCAAACGAUAACGGAUCAGUGGAAUGGUGCAGUAACUUUAAUAUAUUUUUUACACACGAUAAUGUUUUAGAUUUAAACAUUAAAUUUACUUUUGUUGGGAUAAUGUUUUUGUUAUGGUAAAACCUAAAUAUCAAUGUUUUAAUAAUAGAUCGGCGAACAGUGAAUAAUAUUUUUGAUAAAACAUAUGUAUCUCUGGUAUAUGUUUUACAUGCAUGUUCAUUUACAAAAACAAUAAAAAUAGAAAAAACAAUUGACUAUUGGUAAGAUGUAAAGACAUGAAGACGUAACGGCUAAAUUGUGUAACCCCGUAACUAACCAUGCUUUUUAUCCAUCUUACUUUCGUUACUGGUGCAAAUUUAUUAAUUCUAUGAAUUUUGAUAUUGUCAAAGUUAAGAGGAUUAUAUUAAGAUGAACAUUUCAAAUUAUAUUAAAUACAGACGACACCACUCAUUUGGCAUCCAGUGAAAUAAUGACAAAAAAACAGGAGGAAGAUUGUGAAGAUGAAAUGAAAAUAUCAAAUCUUUAUUUUCUUUCAACAGCUGAGCACAUUUAUUUCCCAAUUUUAUUUCUCGGAAAAUUUUCCUUAGAUUUUCCUCAAUUUGUCCUUCGCAAUUUAUCUACCGUUCAAUCGUUAGCCAUUUUACCGAAUCCUCAUUAUCAGAGAAUCUUAACAGUACUCUUGUAUAUUCCAACAUUGGUUUAUUAACAAAUAAUUCAUUUUCCUCUUCUUCUCCUACCUCUCCACCCUAUAAUAUCAUUAAUUAUAAUUCUUACCAUUUCAGUAGCGUUGGUAUCUUAUUCUAUACUGAACCGAUAAUGUCGCAUGUGAUAAUAAAAUGCCAUGAGAGGCUACGUAGCUUGUGUAGCUCGAACCAGGGCCUGUGGAACACUCUUUUGAAUUGCAUGCAUAGUCUAUCCUAUUCUUAGUCAAUGAAACAUCAAAAGCAAUGGGCCGAACUGUAUAUGCAGAACAACGUCUUCAUAAUUAUUUGACGUCACUAGCAAAACCAGAUGAAUACACGAUAGGACUAAUUGUGGGACAGAGUGCUGGUCAAAAAGAUUAUAUUGUGCACUUAGCAAAGACACCACCACCCCUUGGUAAAAACGUAGUGGAAGAAACAUUGCUUAGUUCCACAACAAAAUCUGAACAAAAUACUGCUACUGAAAACCACAUUAAAGCAGUAAAAGAUAUACCAGAGAGUUGGGUUGCAGAUCAUGCUAAACAUGUUACUAGAAUGUUACCUGGUGGAAUGCGUGUCCUUGGAACGUUUAUUGUUGGUCCAGAGGAUAUUUCACAUAAUAAUAAUAAUGUACAAAAACUAAAAUCUGUCCUUACAACAAUGCAAAAAAAUUUAUCAUGUAAUAAAUAUUUAUGUGGGGAUAAUAAUGAAGAACAUCUUAUCUUAUAUUUAAAUAGUGUUACACAAAAAUACACUUGUAAAUCUAUAGAAAUCCGUAAUGAAAUAUUAAAACCAGUAGAUUGGAAAUUUCAAGCUAAAGCAACCAACUGGCAUCAACUUGAGGCACUUAUUGAUUUUGAUCGUCUAUUUCUCAUUGCUGCUAAUAAAGAUCCAGAAACUCUUAAAAAACAACUACAAGAUAUUUUAAAGAGUGUGUCAGAUAUCAUUGAAUCUUCCCUUAUUGUAAUUGAAGGAGAAGUUCGAUCCCCAGAUGAUAGAUUAGAGCUAAUUAGUAAAAACAAGAAAGAUGAAAGAAAUUGUAGAAAUAAUGAAAAAAAUAAUAAUGACCGAUCAAUUCAAAUUAAUUUAUAUAUUCCAUGUCAUGAAAAGAAUCUUAACUCAGAUGUGAGGAUAACACCAUGCAAUGCAUCUAUACGUUUGAUUGGACAAUUAGUAAGUAGAACUUUCGUCCAUCAAAAAGCAAAUGUCGAAGAAGCUAAUGCUGCAAUAAAGCAAGACAUAAUAAGGUCAUUAGCAAGUAGAUUAGAAAUGCAUUGGGAUAGUUUGAUUGAAGAAGAAAAUGGAUCUCCAGAAGAAAAUAUAACAUUACACGAACCUCCAAGAAGAGUAUUAAUAGCAUUGCCUGAAAGUAAAGUAACAUUGUCAGAUUACCUAUUUCCUGGUGAGGGACCUCAAGAAGCUCUUUUAUCGUUGCAAGAACUCCUAGACUUAGAGGUUCAGGAAAGUAAUGUUCAAAAAGACAUUGAAUUUGAAGCUGAUCCUACAGAAUUCUAUUCUCAAAAUAAAAUUGAUGUGAAAACUGUUGAUCUUAAUAUAGAUUCAUCUGGAAACUAUCAAACAAAAAUAUACAUUGUAAGUUUCAGUAUUGCAGUUUUAAUCGUAAUUUUUGCUAUCAUAAUACAAAAGCUUUAUUAAUAUUUAUAAAAGAACGAAUUUAUAUUUUACUAUAAUAUGUAAAAUAUAAUAUAUGUACAUUUUUUUAACACAAAUCAUCGUGAUGUUGGGAGUACAAAAGAAAACGAUAAUAAAUAAAAACAGCACUUGCUUUAACAUGAUGAUGAUAUAUUUAUGCAUAUAAACUUCAAUCGGUCGCAUUGUCUGCAAAUUAUUGUGUAAAAGUAUUAAAUUAUUAACCUACAUUAUAAGUUAUGUAUAAUUGAAAAUAUCUACAAAAAAUAACACUGUAUCAAUAAUUUUAUUCCAAUAUUUUGUGUCAUAAUUAAAUAUUUUUGUAAAGAUAUACAUACAAUUGAUGUAAAACAACUGAAUAAAGAUACUUUUACCUAUUA